AUAUGCUUUUUUUUUUUACAGGCAAUAGGUAUGUUCCACGUUCAGUUCUCCUGGACCUCGAACCAGCAACCAUGGACGCAGUGAGAUCUGGACCAUUUGGAAACCUUUUCCGUCCAGACAAUUUUGUAUUUGGACAUUCCGGUGCCGGAAAUAAUUGGGCGAAAGGACAUUAUACCGAGGGGGCAGAGUUAGUGGACACCGUCCUAGACGUCCUAAGGAGGGAGGCCGAGGCCUGCGACUGUCUACAGGGAUUCCAGUUGGCUCACAGUCUUGGGGGAGGGACAGGGUCUGGUAUGGGGACCCUCCUGAUCAGCAAAAUUAAAGAGGAAUACCCCGAUAGAAUUAUGACUACUUUUUCUGUUUUACCAUCACCUAAGGUAUCCGAUGCAGUUGUAGAGCCUUAUAACGCCACGCUGUCUGUCCAUCAACUGGUCGAAAAUACGGACGAAACCUUCUGCAUUGAUAACGAGGCUCUAUAUGAUAUCUGUUUCCGGACUCUUAAGUUGGUAACUCCUACAUACGGGGAUCUCAAUCAUCUUAUUUCAGCAACCAUGUCUGGCGUCACUACAUGUCUUCGAUUUCCAGGACAACUGAAUGCAGACUUGAGAAAACUAGCCGUAAAUAUGGUUCCAUUUCCUAGACUGCAUUUCUUUAUAACUGGGUUUGUCCCGUUAACGUCAAGGGGAUGUCAACAGUAUAGAACAAUUUCUGUUCCUGAACUCACACAACAAAUGUUUGAUGCUAAAAACAUGAUGGCUGCCUGUGAUCCAAGACAUGGACGAUAUCUUACGGUGGCAGCCAUGUUUCGUGGUCGGAUGUCAAUGAAGGAAGUUGACGAGCAAAUGUUACACGUCCAAAACAAAAACAGUUCCUAUUUUGUAGAGUGGAUUCCAAAUAAUGUGAAGAUUGCUGUAUGUGACAUUCCACCUCGAGGACUGAAAAUGUCUUCAACAUUCAUCGGAAAUUCAACUUCCAUUCAAGAAAUUUUUAAAAGAAUUUCAGAGCAAUUUACAGCCAUGUUCCGUCGCAAAGCUUUCUUACACUGGUACACUGGAGAAGGUAUGGACGAGAUGGAGUUUAUGGAAGCUGAAUCAAACAUGAAUGACCUUGUGUCAGAGUACCAGCAGUACCAAGAUGCGACUGUGGAGGACGAAGUUGACGAUUUUGAUGAAGAGGUAGAAGAAGAGGAAGAAGAAUAUUAAAUGUAUUGAUAUACAUUAAUUUGUAUCAACUACAGAAAAUAAAGUUUAGGCCCAAAGCCGUCAA